UCAGUAGAAGUGGGUAUAGUUCUUGUUCUCCAGGGGGUCUCCGUGCUGGGAAAAGUUGUCGUGCUGAACGAGCGAGACAUGUAAGAAAAUAGGCAUUUCCGAGCACCUCACCUUAUUAUACUGACUUCAGACGCGACAGUGGAGAGAAUGGGAGGCGUGAGUGUUGUGACCUACGUGAGACACAAACAGACGUGCAAAGCAUGUAUUUGGGCUACUCUCUCUCACUAGCAUAGUGUACCACUGGUGCGGCUGUCGUGGAAAAAACGGUGCGGACGAGGGAUUCGGUGUAUGCAUUCGUUUGUUGUGGCUCACUGUAGUUGAUCUGGAUUGAAGCUGGCGAGUUGCCCCUGUGUGGGGCAACGGCAUCGGCCACAUGCCCGCUGCCGAUCGUCACAUUCACUUUGCCCUCGACUGUGGGACUCAGGUUCAGUGUUACUUGUGCUGUUCCGCACACACACAGAGGUCCAUCAAGACGCGUGCCAUUUACAUAAGACUUAGACUUUGGCUUACAUGGCUGGACGACCACAUUGGAGUGCACAACUGCCGCCGUUGCCUGCUGUGCGGGAUACAGCGCCUCGAUGGACAGUGUGAGGUCUUCACUGAUGUUGAAAGUAGUGACGUCGAUGGGCACUUCAAAAGUGACAUUCAGCUGCAUGGGCAGCGAAUCCCACGUUGAUAGGGGAGAGGAGAGGGUGACCAUAGAGGGCGCCGCCGCAGAGUCUGGAAGGGAUGCACAGCAGGUGUACACACAGAGGGACUGGGUCUACGUGUACCGUAAGCCAUUGUCAAGUUGGUGUUGGGAUUUGGGUUUCCAUACGCGUCCUGCGUAGUAAUGAUGUGCAAAAACAUCCAUAUUUGUAAGUGCACAGAUGGUUGUGGAUGUCCACUGUACCUUCACAAUGCCCUGCAUGACGGUCAGCUGCAGGUGGGUCAUCCUCUCGCCGCCAUUCGGCGGGUCGGGCAUUAUCUCCGCCUCAUAGAGUGUGUUGUCGCCUUCCACCGGCCUGCACACGUGAGCACUGGUCACACUGAUGUGGGGAUGCAUGCGUGUACCUCAUGUCAAUGAGAUUGCCGUUGGUCACGAAAGACUGCUGGUCGUCCGUCGCGAAGCCAGCUGACACAGGCUCCCCAAAAUCGAUUGUUAGAAGGAUCGGCGUGUCCCAAUAGACGGGGAGGGGGUUCACGAUCGAUGGGACGGGGAGUCCCGACUUGUAGUAGCAUUGACGGGUGGUGUCUCCAUCAGCCGAGUUGAUGAGCGAAUAGUAAAGGCGACACUCCGGCUCUUACCAACGUCUGGUAUGUUCGAUAGCAGUACAACGCUUGUACACACAUCUCUCAUCUAUUGCAUCACCGUGUGUGUGUCCAUCAGCAAAGGUACCUGUCUUUAAUGCACUCAACUGAGCAUGACUCCCGCCUCUGCCAGUCAAAAGUAGCGUCAGUCCAGGAGCUUACAUUUGCAAGAGCGUAAGGCUCUUCCUGGCCAUUGUGGCGACACGUGCCAUUAAGCUUGUUCGCUGCAUAUUCGCAUCUGUAAGCGUCUUCAAUCACGGAUUUUCCUGUAAGACAUACCGCCAGUCUGUGCGGUGCCGUCCUUUCUCCUCUGGAUGCACAUUGCGUUGGGCGAGGUGACGUUGUCUGGCUUGGCCACGCUAUGGUGAAUCUCACAUGUCCUCUCGCUAUCUGUCUGCACACAGGCACACACACAUGUACGCUUCUCGAUAACUGCCACAGGUGCGCCUCACCGAGAGCUGAAAUCCUGAGCACACGACGCUCGACAGACAAAGGACAGCACAUUCAUGCUUUCUCGCUGUGUCAUCCUCAGGGAUGGUCGAAUUCAGCGUGUAGCCAUGAAGGAAUGAACUGUUCGUGUACCUGCACAGAGGCCGGAGACCAUGCAUGUCUCUAUCGAUCGGUCUGUGAGCCUGUGAGUCUUACAAGAACACCCUUGCUGGUUGUGGUGACCCAUCUUCUCUUGUUGCGUUGUUGAUGCACUCAGUGUCUGGGUUGUCCUCUGCAGACACAUGCGGUCAUACACAGUAGUCAGACAUGGUAGUGAGGGCUUUCUUACUGAAUUCAUCCUCCCACUUCGAGCCUGUGGCGUUGCCUGCAGUGCAAACAUGACCAAACGAUGCAGCGUCACCACAUGCUACAUAGACCUUGCGUCCCGUGUGGACUGCUGACAUGGCGUCCACAGCAAGAGAAUGAGAACCGCAAGAACGGACGGCAU